UUCAUUUCGAUUGUCAUUGUCUGAUCACAGUCUUAUGACUGAGCUCCUUCUGAUGCCAGAUAAGGUUGGUAUAAAGUUAAAGUUGAGCUCAGACAGGUGCAGUUGUCUCCAGACAAACAAUAGUAAAGCUGAAACCUUGUUUUAAACCGAAGGAUUGUUUGACAUCAAGACGUAUUGUUUAUAGAUAUGGCAUCUGCAAGGCCCAUGUCAGCUCCAGUGUGUUGGAUUGAAACUGAUGAUAAUGGGCAGUUAUGUGUGAGAAAAGAGGCCAAAGAUAUUCUGGACAGCAUCAGAGAGCCGGUCGUGGUGGUGUCUGUGGUAGGACUUUACAGAACAGGGAAAUCUUACCUGAUGAACCGUCUGGCAGGACAACAGUCUGGCUUUGCUCUUGGCAGCACGAUUGAGUCGAAGACCAAAGGCAUCUGGAUGUGGUGCGUCCCUCACCCCUCUAAAGCAGGACACACACUGGUGCUGCUGGACACUGAGGGACUUGGAGACAUAGACAAGGGGGAUGAAAAGCACGACACCUGGAUCUUCUGUCUGGCUCUUCUGCUCAGCAGCACUCUGGUGUACAACAGCUUAGGAGUCAUAGACAAUAUGGCACUGGAAAAACUGCAUUAUGUGACAGAGCUGAGAGAGCACAUCCGUGUUAAGUCGGUGAGAGACAAUAAGGAUGAUUCUGCAGAAUUCAUGAGUGUUUUUCCAACUUUUGUCUGGACUGUUCGUGAUUUCACUCUGGAACUAAUAAAGGACAAUGAAACGAUCACAUCUGAUGAAUAUCUGGAGGGAGCUUUAAAACUCAAGACAGGCAGUUCACCUCAGAUUGAGCAGUAUAACCUGCCCCGCCGCUGUCUGCGGAAUUUCUUUGCGGUGAGAAAGUGUUUUGUAUUUCCUCGGCCUGCUGGAACGAAGGAGAUGAGAAGAAUGGAGAAGCUGACUGAAGCAGAGCUGGAUCCAGAGUUCCUGCAGGAGGCAAAAAAAUUCUGCGAAUACAUCUACAGCAGUUCGGAGUCAAAAACUGUCAUGGAAGGUCGCACAGUCUCCGGACCUGUUCUGGGUAGUCUGGCUGAGGUGUAUGUGGAGGCAAUCCGCAGAGGAAAUGUUCCAUGUCUGGAAAAUGCAGUGGUGUCCCUAGCUCAGAUCCAUAAUGUCCAAGCAGUGGAUGAGGCCCUGCAAAUCUACAGGACUGAGAUAUUCAGUUUAAUCCAGAUUCCAGUCGAUCCAAAACAGCUGUCUAACAUCCACAAAAGUGCAGAGAAGAAAGCCAUUGAAGUUUUCAUGAGCACAUCCUUCAACGACAUAGAGCAUAUUUACCAACAAGAGCUUGCGGAGAAGAUUCAAAAAGAAUAUGAAGAUUUGUGUGUACAGAAUAAGGAAGCAUCUGUGAGCGAGUGUCAGACAGUUCUGCUUUGUGUGUUUGAGCCGUUGGAAAAUGCCCUCCGUGACGGAUCGUAUCUGAAACCUGGAGGAUACAGACAGUACAGAGACACACUUGCACAGCUGGCUGAGGUGUACAGAUCACAAACACACACACAAAUAAUGAGUGAGGAGGUGUUGAGUAAAUAUUGGGAAGAGAAGGAGGAUUCUGGAAUGAUCAUUUUAGCUGCUGAUGAAUCUCUGACUGAAGCGCAACACCAGCAAGAGGUUGCGAGUUUCCAGAAGGAUGUUUUAGAACAGAAGCAAAAAGGUCUAGAGGAACAAAACAAGUUACAGCAUCAGAUGCUUUAUGACAUGCAAAGAACCCACGAUGAGCAUGUGAAGCAGCUCAUGGAGAGGAUGGAGAAAGAACAGGAGAGAACGAGGCGAGACAAUGAACGAGUGAUGGAUGCUAAACUUAAGGAACAGGAGGCUCUUCUAAAGCAGGGCUUCCAGCAGGAGGCUUCACGCCUGCAGAUGGAGAUCAACAGUUUGAGAUCACAGAGGAGCAGUGGAGGAGGCUUCUGCAGCAUCUCCUGAAAAUACACACUAAACAUGAUCUGCUUGAUUAUUAAUAUUAUUAUUAUUAUUAUUAUUAUUAUUAUUUUAUUUUUUGUUUUAUUUUGUAAAGUAAAAAGGAAGCAGACAGGUAAUCAUUUAAAGUAACUAUUUAAGUGUUGGCUGAGACUUUCCUUUUUCUAAUAUAGAUUUCUUAGAUUUGUGCAUAAUAAAAGAUGUACGGUGUCCCCAAAAAGUAUUUGGAGUCUUUUGGACAUUUACAUGUAUUCAUUUUGCUGACUCUAUUAUCCAAAGCAUCUUACAUAUACAACAACUGAUUUAUUCUAAGGAGCCAACUUAUGACACUUAAAAAUGUAUGAAUUAAAUUGCAUUCUCAGAACUUCAUUGUUAUGAGUGAUUUUUGCAAUUAUUUUCAACUAACCGGUCCCAAGGUGAUUUUUAGUGGACAGAUAAAACAGAGUUCAGUUGAAUUUGAAUGAGGUAGCUAGUAGGGUGUAGAAUUGCAAUUCAAAUUUGUAUUUAAGGAAGUAGAAUUAAAAUGGAAUGAAUUUCAUGUUGCUAUUGUUUAGUUUUUAAAUAAAUAUUUGAUUUUUCAGUGUAACAUGAAACU